GUAAUGGUGGCUGCUUGUGGAGAAAUCAUUGCUGACAACUUAUUUAGAAAAUAUUUUCUGGAAACCUUCAGAAACUAAUUAAACCCGAUGAAAACAUAAAAAUAUAACAGAAUGAAUAACUCAUGUUUCAUUUGCAACGCCCGGACAGGAGCAUCUUUGAGGAAUGCUUUAAACUUAUUCGGGGAUGAUUUAUCACUCACUUCCGGUAAGAAACUAUACGAAGUUAUUGGAGACAUUGUCGACAAACUGAUCAAAGAGGAUGUUGUCCAUACAUGUGUGAUAUGCAAGAAAUGUCAGAAGGCAAUCGUUGAAUAUGACUCUUUACAAGUCAGAUUACAAGCAAUAAAAGCAGAAUUACUUGAAAAUUUUAAGAAAACUUUACCAAAACAUAACUUAAGCUACGACACAUAUAAUAAGGAGGUGAAAAUCGUAAAUAGUUCUAAUAUCAAGAAGAAUGAAGUUAAAACAUUAGUGUUGCCAGCGUCAAAGUUGCAACCCUUGCCGCCUGAUUUUGUUAUAAAGUCUGGGAAAUGGCCAAUAUCUAAAUCUAACGUUAUUCCUACUAUAAAGUUGUUACAGCCCGUAGUGCCGUCAUCGACAUCAACCCUCAACCUGAAAGUGACUGUCGGUUCAUCUGUUCUCACGCAGAGUAUAAACACAAUAGCCAACAAGAAAACAAUACUAGCAAGUCAAACGAUUGAUCCAAAACUAAUCAUGACACCAAAAGUCGAAAAAAUCGAUCAACCAUCAAUAUCGAAGAAUGUAAUAAGUUUUGUAUCUAGUUCAAUGAAAUCCGACGAAAUCUUGACUUCGUCGACUGUGACGUUUAGUCAGCCAAUGACGUCGAGUACGUUAGUUUCGACAAAAUCUAGCCCGAUAUUGAGUUUCAACGUCAACACGUUACCUAAAGAUUUCCUAUCGUCGGCGAUUUUGACGAAAAUUGACGAAUUUGAUGUCGAGAAGCUGAAAAAGGAAGGCACCAUCGAAGUUAAUGAAUUGGAACAAGCAGACGAACAGCCGAUGGAGAUAGAUGAAGAUUGCUCUCUCGCCGUACUGUCGCCGAAUGAUUCAAGGAAUAAAUUGAUCUUUGAAGAGAGUGAUAAGGAGGAUGAUGAUGAAGAAAAAUCUAAAUCUGAAUAUUUAGACGUCCGGCUACUGGGAGAGCAGGGACGGUACGUGCUCGGCAAGCUGCAGGUGCUAAGGCCGGAGGCGGAAGCUGAAGCGGGAGCGGAAGCAGACGCGGAUGAGCAUACAAUAGUGAUGGAAGGCGAGAAUGGUUCAGUAUUACGAGUGGUGGCCGGACAGAAGUUCCUGUAUGGAGACAAUCAGAUAUCUCUCAUGCUGCCCGGAUUGCAGGAUUCCGUUGAUGGGCAAGAUUCGAACGAUGAAUCCCAGAUCGAGUUGCAAGUGUCGGGCGAUGAAGAAACGGCCAACGCUAUUAUUGCGGCCGCACAGGAACAAGGAGGUGCUUUUAUAAAAGUGGAGUCGGGCGAAAUGUAUCGUGUCCAGUCAGUACAGAGCACGACAGAGGAUGACGAUACUAGUAAUGUUGAUAAUUCAAUGGUGGUUCACGAAGAUGGUCAGUUCCGAUGCCUGCUGUGUGAGAAGAAUGAAACAAAAGGCGGCCCCGCGGCGGUGGGCGACGCGGAGGCCGCCAUGCAGCACGUGAAGAGCGCGCACGGGGCGCGCCUGUACCUGUGCCGCCUGUGCGGGCGCGCCCUGCGCCGCCGCGCGCACUACGCCGCGCACCUCGAGCAACACGCACAAAAAAACAAGACUUUACAAAAUACGGACAAGACUAAAGUUCACGAGUGUAAUUUAUGUAAGAAGAAAUACAGCUCACGCACGCUGCUGACUGAGCAUAUGAACGUGCACAGCGGGUCGCGGCCCUACGCCUGCGACGUGUGCGGGAAGGCCUUCGCCUCCAAAUACACGCACCAGUCGCAUCUCAAGACGCAUCUCGUUCGCCCCAGACCGUACAAAUGCGAUCAGUGCGGGAAGUCGUUCUUCACAUUACAGAACUUGAACCAGCACGAGAAGACACACUCGGGGGUCAAAGACUUCAUUUGUAAUGUUUGCGGCAAGGCGUUCGGCACGCAGCACAACCUGGAGGUGCACGGCGUGGUGCACUCGGGCAGCAAGCCGUUCGUGUGCGGCGCGUGCGGGAAGGCCUUCGCGCGGCGCGCCGAGGUGCGCGACCACAUGCGCAUCCACACCGGCGAGCGGCCCUUCACGUGCGACGUGUGCGGCGCCAGCUUCACGCAGCGCUCCAACCUGCACUCGCACAAGCGCGCCACGCACCUGGACGACAAGCGCUACCACUGCACGCAGUGCCCCAAGCGGUUCAAACGGAGGAGGCUGCUGGACUACCACGUCAAGGCGUCGCACACGGGCGAGCGGCCGCUGAAGUGCGAGAUCUGCCACGCCACGUUCGUGUACCCGGAGCACUACAAGAAGCACGCGCGCAUCCACAGCGGCGAGAAGCCGUACGCGUGCGAGGUGUGCGGCAAGUCGUUCAACUCGCGCGACAACCGCAACACGCACCGCUUCGUGCACAGCGACCGCAAGCCCUACGAGUGCGUCGUGUGCGGCGCCGGCUACAUGCGCAAGCAGCUGCUCUACCAGCACAUGAACACCAGCGGUCACUUGGCCGAGUCGAUUGUCGUCAAUCAGCCGAGAGUUACGAAAAUAAAUGAAAACAUGCUGACAACACAGGCAGUUGUAGUCGAUACGGAGAAAACUGAAAAGUUUACGGAAACGAUAUACGAAACGACGGAGGAGCUACAACUAGAAGCAGAUGAUAAAUCCAUCAUGACGACAGACGAAAGCGGCACGAAGUUCAUUAUAACUGGAGACAAGAAGAUACUUCUGCAAGAUGGAAAAACAAUAAAUAUCGUCCAAGAAUCCGAGGAACCAACUUUGUUAACACUGCAUAACAUAGAUAGCAGCCUCAAAGCGGACGGAACUCUCAUAGACACGAUUCCUGCAGACCAACUGACUGAACAACAGCAAGCCGGAGCGCUCCGGUUGGUGUCCGUGUCGCUGCCGGACGGCUCCAGUGGCUGGGUCGCCAUCAACAACUAGCGCUGCACGACCGCGGCCUAGCAUCGAAACCUUAUGACUGAAAAUAUUUAUAUUAUAUAAGCAUACUAUCUGUUAUUUUAUAAUUUAGUUUGAUAUAAUUUCGAUGAGCCGGUUGGCGUGGUUGGUGGAUGCUUGCCUUUCACGCCGAAGGUUGUGGGUUCGAUUCCCACCCAGGACAGAUAUUUGUGUGCAUGAAUAUAUCUGAUUGUCCUGAGUCUGGGUGUAAUUAUCUAUAUAAGUAUGUAUUUAGAAAAUAAAAAUAGUAUAUGUAGUAUAUCAGUUGUCUGGUUUCCAUAGCACAAGCUUUGUACAAGCUUAAUUUGGGAUCAGAUGGCCGUGUGUGAAUAAUGUCCCAGGAUAUUAUUAUCAUUAUACAUACAUAUACAUACUGUGUCAGCGACAUACACGCGAGCGCCACUGUGUAACCACACACGACUGUGUAUGGAAUUCCGAAUAUAUAACAAUUAUCGUCAACGCUCUCGUAUAAAUAAACAGAGCUCGCACUAGACACAUUACUAAUUUUCAACUCGGAAGAAAUAUGCGUGAAAACGUAAAAUAUGAACAUAAACAAAAAGUAUUGUCAUGUAUAAAAUAUCGCUUUAUAUUUUAAAAUAAGCCAAGUUAAUGAAACGCGUUGAUGAUGUAUGAAUGGUGAAAUCAAGUGGCCCAUCUGACCAGACAUACAUACAUUUGUAUUUAGUAUUUUAUUUUUUAAUAUGUAGUAUCGAUUUUUUUGUUUUAUCUUACUAUGCAUAUGCACGUAAAUGCAAAAGUGUGUGUGUUUGUUACACAAUCAUAGAUUUUAAUUAAUUUUUUUAUCGUACUAUAUUUUAGAUUAUGUCAUAAAAAAGAUAAAACGACGCUUUCGUAUUUAUUUAUAAAUAGAAACGUUUUAAAACUCCAUGCAUUUUAUAUACACAUGUAUAAUUCCAAAAAAAAUGUAUAUUAGAAAAUAGAAAUAGAAAUCGUAACAAAACUGACAUUUUGCACAAAAUAGAAAUCAAUUUUUUACACGUGACGUACCGACAAUCAUUAAAAAAUAAAAAUAAUAAGUUAGAUGCAUGUAGUAUAUUGUAAAUAAUUGUAUUAUAUAACUUGUAAUGUACAUAACAGACAGUAGACCGAUGAGCUGCUUGAAAGUCAAAUUCAUUUUAUAUAGUUGUGAGAGAUAAUAAAUAUAGCAAUCAAGUUAAAUAAAGUCAGACGCUUAUUCUAUGAAUAUUCUAUACAAAAUAUAAUUUUUAAAAUGUCUGACGUCACGUCCUCGCUGUGUGUCGUUGCUCGUGCAACUUUCAAGCAUUGCAUUUGACGCACCACAAGGUACUACUGGCAAUACCCGCCUGUAAAUGUCUCGUUUCUAUCUCUUUGAAGAGAAGGUUUGGAGCUUAUUUCGCCGCGCUGCUUUAAACUGUGUUGGUGGUUAAAUAUCUAGCAGGUUUUCAUCCAUCACGAUGUUUUCCUUCACUGAGCCGUCUCUGCAUUACAUAGUACUACUUGGUUGGUGCAAAUUUAAUAAAUAAUUCAAUAUCAUCUUGCAAAACGCCAAUCGUAUUACCUAGAGUCCAUUGUAAUAAAUGAAAAUUGUCUAUCUUAACGAUAUAGCAAAUCUCUAGAGUAAAUCGUUUCAUAACGACUUUGAUAGAUUAUAGUGAUAAUUUUAGAAUUUUUCUGAAAUAUUGAAUAGGAAGCUAUUUUUACAGAAUUUUAAAACUGAAAAUUACACAAUUGCUGUUAUUCAAUGUUAGAAACUGACUUCCCAACGAAUAGAUGAUUAGAGUGUUUUCGAAUUUCGAGCGUAUACAGGUUUCUUCAAGCUCAGCAAUGUUGCAAGUCACCACUUACCAUCAGGUGGCCUAGGAGUUCCAAGUUAUCACUGCAGCAGUUGUAUUCUGUAAGAACUCGCUUUGGAUCUCACUCUUGAAACUUUGAAAAUCAACUUGCGUUGAUACGCUAUUUUGAUGCGUGUUUCCUUCAAAUCAAAAUAUUUAUUCAAUAAAGAAGCGUUAGUUACACUUAUUAAUGAUUGCCAUAAAUCUACCACCGGUUCGGAAAUGAACACCUCAGACCUGAAAAGCGAAACGAAGGAAACACAUUUUUAUAUCGCAUAUAUAAAUGUUAUUCCUAUUAGAAUUAAUGUCGCUUAUAAUUUUUGAGCUUCGAGUUUGUUCUUACAGAAUACAUUUCGACAUUUUCUAAGCGCGUCCGCUGUCAGUCGGACGAAUAUACGGGCGAACGAAUGUUUCUUGUUUUGCGUUGUGUACCUCUUUUGGUUCAAAAAUUUGUACGAUGAUCAUAGUAAUAAUAAAUAUCUCAAUUGUACACUCAAAGGAAAAAUAUAUUUAAAAGAGAAAAAAAGGUUAAGACUAUGAAUAUAAAAUAAUAGCAUGCAAGGUUAGGCAAGGCAUAGUUAUGUUGGCCCGUAUGUUAACAUAUUAUUUUAAUUAAUUACUUACAUAUCUGUUUUUUUUUCUAAUUCGUUAGAAAAUGUAUUUUUGAUUAAAAACAUGAUAUAUAACUGUUGUGAACAUACAUAAAAUUAAAAUGCUUUUAAAGUUUUUUCAUGUCA